CUACUGAAACAAAAGGCAAAUAGCUCCAACGCGUCCCUCUCUGCAUGUCAGACAGACACCAAAAAGAAGCAUCCACUCAAAGCGGGAAGUAGCCAAGAAAUCCCAGCUCUGAACGGGAACGGGAUGAAGGCCAAAUCCCCAGAUCAAAGGGACAAUGGUUCUGCUAAAGACAGUCCUCCUUUGGCCAAGCCAAAAUCCAAGAGUGUCGCAGCAGAUAAGAAUGUAAAUGGCACCAAAAGUGAUGGGAAAGGCUGCAAAGAAAAAAAGAAAAGUGGCAAUAUUUUAAAGGAGAAAAUCGAUAUCAAACAUAAGAGGAGGAAAGCUGAAGAACAUGCGGAGCAGCAACCCAAAGAGGCUGAAAUCUGGUUUGAUGACGUUGAUCCAAAAGAUAUUGAAGCAGCAAUAGGACCCGAAGCAGCAAAAAUUGCUCGAAGAAAUCUGGGACUUGAAACAGAUCCAUCUGAACAGUCUGUGGAGCAGGUGCUGGUUAAAGAAAAGGCUUCUGAAGGGCUGACACGAGCUGUAGCCAUGGACUGUGAGAUGGUGGGAGUGGGACCCAAGGGUGAAGACAGUAUUGUGGCUCGUGUGUCCAUUGUGAACCAGUUUGGAAAGUGCAUUUAUGACAAGUAUGUCAAGCCUACAGAAGAGGUGACUGAUUACAGAACAGCUGUUAGUGGCAUACGCCCCGAGAAUAUAAAUACAGGUGAAGAUUUUAAAACGGUUCAGAAGGAGGUUGCUGACAUCUUGAAUGGAAGGAUUUUAGUUGGACAUGCUUUACGCAAUGAUCUGAAGGUACUAUUUCUUGAUCAUCCUAAGAAGAAAAUACGCGACACACAAAGAUACAAGCCUUUCAGACAGAGGGUCAAGAAUGGACGGCCAUCAUUGAAACUGCUCUGCGAGAGACUGCUGAAUGUUCAAGUGCAGACAUCAGAGCACUGCUCGAUUCAGGAUGCACAGGCAGCUAUGAGACUGUACACCUUAGAGAAAAAGAAAUGGGAAGCUGCUGUCAAGAACAAAUCUAACAACAAAAACUGUAAAACUUGA